UUAAAAAUCUUGACGGCGAAACAGCUUUGAAGAAAACAAGCAAACCAAAGCCCUAAUUUCCAAUUCCAAUCACUAUAUAAACCCACCAAUUCAAUUGAUAACUCAAAGUCACAUUCUCUCGGAACAAUCUACAACAAAACUAGCUCGCUAAUCCCUCCGCGCUCUCUCUCUCUCUCUCCCUCUUAUUUUCAUUUUAUACUCAUUUUCUGUUUUUGUUACUAAUCCUCCUGUUUUGCAGGAACUUUUUCUCUUCUUUUAUCCAUAUAUUCUAUUAUUGUUUGCAUUUGUAUUUUUUUUGUUUGGUAUUAACAUAUGGAUGCAGGAUCAGUAAACUCUUCUUCAAACAUGAAAGGACAAUCAAGAUUCCCACUUCAAGAACAGCUUCUUCAAAGAAGGACUUCUAAAGAAAAUUUGGAUAGAUUUAUUCCAAACCGCUCAGCAAUGGAUCUGGAUUAUGCCCAUUACAUGCUAACAGAAGGUAAGAAAGGUAAAGAGAACCCUGCAGCAAACUCACCCUCAAGAGAGGCCUACAGGAAGCAAUUGGCUGAAACAUUGAACAUGAACCGGACUCGGAUUCUCGCUUUUAAGAACAAGCCUCCUGCACCUGUUGAAUUGAUCCCACAAGAGCACACUUCCUUAUCUCACCUCCAGGCCAAACCCACUAAGCCGCGCAGACACAUUCCUCAGACCUCUGAGAGGACAUUGGAUGCUCCUGACCUUGUUGAUGAUUUUUACCUCAACUUAUUGGAUUGGGGAAGCAGCAAUGUUCUAGCUAUAGCUCUUGGGAGUACAGUAUAUUUGUGGGAUGCAACUGAUGGCUCUACAUCAGAACUUGUUACAAUCGAUGAUGAAAUUGGCCCUGUUACUAGUGUCAGUUGGGCUCCUGAUGGACGCCACAUCGCCAUUGGCUUGAACAAUUCUGAGGUUCAGCUAUGGGACUCUGCUUCUAAUAGACAGCUAAGAACAUUGAGAGGUGGCCACCGAUCCCGAGUAGGAUCACUGGCGUGGAACAACCAUAUCCUUACUACUGGAGGAAUGGAUGGCCAAAUAUUCAACAAUGAUGUGAGAAUUAGAUCACACAUUGUGGAGACAUACAGAGGGCACCAACAAGAGGUUUGUGGGCUUAAAUGGUCUGCUUCAGGCCAGCAAUUAGCAAGUGGAGGCAAUGAUAAUCUUGUUCACAUAUGGGAUAGAUCAGUAGCAUCAUCAAAUUCAGCAACACAAUGGCUUCACAGGCUUGAGGAUCAUACUUCUGCAGUAAAAGCCCUUGCUUGGUGUCCAUUCCAGGGAAAUUUGCUAGCCACCGGAGGAGGUGGUGGCGAUCGGUGCAUAAAGUUUUGGAAUACACACACAGGUGCUUGCUUGAACUCAGUAGACACUGGCUCUCAAGUUUGUUCUCUGCUGUGGAACAAAAAUGAGAGGGAACUGCUUAGCUCUCAUGGGUUUACUCAGAAUCAGCUCACUCUUUGGAAAUACCCAUCAAUGGUUAAAAUGGGAGAACUCACUGGCCAUACAUCUAGAGUGCUUUUCAUGACUCAGAGUCCAGAUGGUUGCACAGUUGCAACAGCAGCAGGUGAUGAAACACUUAGAUUCUGGAAUGUUUUUGGUGUUCCAGAAGUGGCUAAAGCUGCCCCAAAAUCAAAUCCUGAACCAUUUUCCCACUUGACUCGCAUCCGCUGAAAGGCCCUUGAAAAUAGAAGCCGGAUUCGUUGACAGAACUUGAACAAGAACUAAGUGCAGCAUGUUCAAUUGCUUUCAGACCAAAAUAUAUUGCCAAUGUGACAGGCUAAAAUUAAUAGCAGUUUGGUGUCAAUUGACUGUGCACAUCUGGACAGGGGAAAAAUGUGUAAAUAUGUGCAUUUUCCAAUUUGAUUGUGCGAAUGUGUAAAGUAGCAAAGAACAACCCAUGAAAACCCAAUUUGGUUUUUGAGAAGAACGGAUGUACUAUCAAAGUAUAUACUAGUAAAAGCUUUCAGAUCCUUUCUCCGUGGAUGUAGUCACAUGAUCUCAUGUGAUGAACCACGUAAAUUUCUUGUCUUUUCUUUCUCUUCUUUCUUCUUGUUUAAUAGUUUUCCUCUUGUUUAAAAAAUAAAAAGAUCAGUUCAGUAAGUAAAUGAAGAACAAA